GCGCGACGCUCCCCGUCAGUGGUAAGUAAGCAGGAUGUUGCGAUUUACACUGGACAAUAACUGCCGUCGGCAAUAACGUUGCCAACCGGCCCGUCUCGGAAAUCUCAGAAAUGCAGCAAAGACGAUGCAUAGGCUAAAGUGUGGCGAGAAGGACGAAUCGGAGCCGGCCUCUUGUAUUCAAACAUCCGGCCCGCCGAGAAUCAAGCCGAAACUCUGUGGGGGAAUGCAACGCUGCGUGCAGCAGCGUCUGCAGAAACCGAGAAAAAAUGGCUUGAAGCGGCAAAAUUAAACCCGUCGAUGAUCCUAUAGCGCCCCCAGGCAACGUGGGCAAGGUUAGUGAGAAUAUAGCGCCGGUAAUGGGGCGCCUGGAUCUUGGUUGCGCCGACGUUGUGGCUACCCGGUUGUCCUUAUAACCCAGCUGUUCUUCUGUUCGAGUCAGUUGUUUCGCAGCACGCAAAACCACGUCGAACAAGAUUUAAAAACCAAAAUGCGCGCCGAAACAGCUCUUUUCUUCCCGGCCCUCGCCGCCGCGGGCUGCAUUUCUAACGGUGACCAAAACACAAUCAACGCCCUGUUCCGUAACGGUGGUGCCAACACUGUUGUCCAGCUGUGCGAGAAUGCCACCAUCCAAAUCACUGACAAGAUCCUCUUCACUGCGGAUGGCCAGGAGAUCUCAACGCAAAACUACCCUACUGGCUCUACCCGUGCCACUAUCCGCGUUGCAGUAGGCAGCUCUGCCAGCACCCUGAUUGAAGGCCACAGCUUCAACAACAUCAAGAUCAAGAACAUCCAGCUUGACGGUAACCGAAAUGGAGCUGGCUUUUACAAGGGCGGCGGCGCCAACAUCGAGAUUGGUGGCACUGCUACCGGCCAGGUGAUUCAGAAUGUCAACUCGCGCAACCCUCGUGGCUGGAGUUGCAUGCACAUCAUUGGCUCUGGCAACGAUGCCAACCCUUGCAAGAAUGCCCAGAUUCUAAACAACGACAUCGGUCCUUGCGGCGAAGAGGGUCACAAUGCUAACGGUGACGGCUUGUGGGCCGACGGCAUCUCCCUCGACUGCACCGACACAUUGGUUCAGGACAACACAAUUGUUGGUAGCACCGAUGGUGGCAUCGUCAUCUUUGGCUCCCCUGGCAGCACCAUCAACCGCAACACCAUCAUCUCGUCUGACCAGCACCUCGGCUUCGGUGCCAUCAACAUGGUAGACGGCCAGUACCAGGGCAGCUACGCCAACGUCAAGGUCACCAACAACAAAAUCCAGGGCAAAAAGAUCUUCAACCUCGGUAUCGGCAUUGGUGCCAAUGUCUGGUCCUUCAACGAUCCUUAUGCUCUCAAGGGCCCUGCCACCAUUACCGGAAACACCAUUUCUGGUCACGUUGCGUUCCCUAUUGCCCUCAAUGGCUGGGCCAACGGCAUCCAGAUCACUGGCAACGACGCUUCUGAUGUCCCCAGCCCCAAGUCUUCUUGGGCUGACGCCUCUCACUGUGUCCAGCCUAUCCAGCAGGCCUUUACUGCCAAUGCCAACUUUGUAUACUGGGGUCCUGGCGUUGCUGACUCCAAGAACCUUCAGUCUGACUUUUACUCUGCAUCUGGAAACAUGACCAACUUCCUCUGCACCAGCACUCCACUAGCUGACAGCAUCACAUACAAGGGCAACGAACUCAAUGUUGUCUCUGACUCUGGCCCUUUUGCUGAUCUCCACGGUGUUAUUGCUCAGUACCAGGGAGACAGCAACGUUGUCGUCCUCCAAGCUGGCAAGCCUGUCUGGGCGAGUGGCCACACCCUUAGCCAAGGCUGCGGCAACCCCAGCAAGUGCCGCCUCAUCUUCCAGGGUGAUGGUAACCUCGUCACUUACUAUGAUGGUCAACCUCAGUGGAGCAGCGGCACUGGUGGCCGUGGUUCCACAGUGACAAUUAUUAACAAGGCUCCUUGGAUCCAAAUCCGCGAUGCUUCCGGUAACGUCAUCUGGGAUACCACCAAGAGCACCUAAGCUGUUGACUGACCAAAAGCUGGUCAAUGUACAUAUUCCAAUGUAUUUAUGUAUAUCGUUAAAUAUGUAAACAAAAUUUGUAAAAGAAAAUUCAAUGAUUUUUGUGAUUGUGCGGCUCUGAUUCCUGAUGCUGGCAGGUGUGUAGGUUAGCCCAGCAAUGUAGACGAUGUCAGUGGCAUCCACUUGGAUUGUAUGCGAGAUUAUUCACUCGUUGUAGUAGAAUACAUGGUGUAUUCAAGUCGUAACUUUAUGGUACAUUAUAUUUAAUAUUUCAAGGCGAGGCAGCAAGCCGUGCUGCGUCAUGUAUAUAUCCAGACCCAAUUUUGGUAAAUGAUGCGUUACGCGGAGCGUAGUGCACCCAGAGUAGAAGUUAUAUAGAAAAAAGGAAGCUUUGAACAAGUUGUGAGUGAUGGAAAUCAUUCCAUGCUGAUUUAGAGAAUGUCCUCAGGCUUGACAAUGACCCAGUUCUUGUCGGCAGUGACCUCGAGGUCCUCGGCGCGCUGGGCAGCAGCGUAGUCAUGCAUCAUGCCCUCGAGCUGCUUCAUGUACUUGUCCUUGCGGUUGACCCAGAGGUGGACACCACCACGGCGAACAUCGACACCGUGGAAGAGCAUGGGACCAUCGCUGGAGGGAGUGUCACCAGCAACGAGGAUGGGCUUCUUCCACAUGUUGAUGUACUGCUGGAUGGCAGCCCACUUGCCCUCCUUCCAGGUGCCAGGAGCCAUCAUGUAGGGGGUGAUUUCGUAGUUGGAGUAGUCGGUCUUGUUGAAGGUGCCGGCAAUGAUGUCCUUGCGGGGGAAAGUGAAGGCGCCAGUGGCCUUGUUCUUAAGAAGGUUGUUGAUGCCGAUGACGUUGUCGGGCUUGGCGUUGUAGCCGUACUUGGGGUCAGCAGCGACCAUGCGGACGACGUCCUCGGAGGAGGCGGUGACAACGUAAACCUCGAUGCCGUUCUUCAUGAGGGUGUUGUAGAGCUCGGCCUGUCCACGGAAGACAAUGGGAGGGUUGAUGUUCGUCUUGGUGAGAACGCCAGCCUCGAAGUAGGUGGUGGGGAUGGUGGUGUUGAGGGCCAUGAGCUCGUCAACGUAGACCUUGAGCUGCUUCAGGGGGAUGCCAGAGAAGACCUGGGCAGCCCAAGGGUAGCAGACAUCAUCGUCAAUGUCGCAGAGACGGUU